AUGCCCUCUGCCAUACCGACCGGGGAGGUACAUACUUGCCUCAGACCUGGUGCACCGGUAAAUUCGUAUAUCUGGGCCCUAUUCGGACUGGCAAAGAAACACUAUUGA